AUGGAGGUGUUUCAUGGCAGGCCCUACUGCUGCAGGGAGCUUGAAGGAGCUGACAUACCGUCAGACACCUUUUACUCUAAUGAAUUGCACACCCCACUACAAACAGCUGCUCGCCCAACUGCCUCAGAGGACAGGUAUCAGGAAUUAAGGGAGUCACUCCAGCGAUGUAGGCUUCCGUGGGGCUUUGAAAGGGAAUAUGGUGGCAUAAUACCCGUUUCACUCCCUGAGGAACACAGGCCAAAAUAUGAACCUCCUUGUGUCAUGGGCAAAGGACGCCAGCGUUAUGGAUUUGGUGGAGAAACCUGGCCAAGAUAAAUAAACUUUCAAAAGCUUCCUCUUGAACAAUUUUAUUAUUUGUCACAGAACAAAAAAAGUGACGUCUAUGGAAAUGAUUCUUUGAUGCCCACACCAUCUAAUUCAACAGUAGGAGAAAUCUGCUGCCCGUACCCGCCUGAACACCUCUACCACACACAUAGCUCUAGCGGAGCCAUGUUCCCGAUGUCUCCAUCACCUGAGGGUCUCUACACUGGCGUUAAAGCCCAAAGCCAACAGCCACUUCCUCCCACUGUGCCAGCAAGGCCUUAUGGUGCAGCAGUUUUGAAGACAAGAGGUAAUCCUUACAGAUACGAACUGCUUGAUUUUCCCAUGGAUUCAAAGAAGAAAGCCUUGGCUUGGCCAGGUCAGGGUGUAUAUUAUGACCUUCCUAAAUGUGUUGAGAAAAACAAGCCAGUAUUCUACCCAAAACCACCUAAAACCUUCGCUCCUAACACUUCUUUAAAUUCGUGGGACCCUAUUAACUCUCUAAAAGAAGCCAACAUACAAAGAAAUCUUGAGAGGUCCCACUGGAUCACUUCGUACAAUCAUGAUUUUACAGGUCUGGGGCCCAUGAAUCCCCUUGAACUGGAUGAUUACCAUGAAAAGGAGGUAGCAGAGUUAACUGGACAGAUAGGAUUUGACCCAGAGCCUCAAGAAAAAUUCUAUCCUGCCUUAAAGCCCACCAGACCCUUGGAAGGACGAAUUGCCCGACUGAUUCAGAACCCACGUCCUCUGGAGGCUAUUGUCCAGCAAAGACCACCUUCCUGUCCAGAUUGUACUCCUAGAGUUUUGUGUGCUUUUCAUACCUUUGUAUCCAGUUCUACAGAAAUGAUGGCUCUGAGUGAUAACAUACCUGCGGGUGUGACUCAUAAAAACCAGGAAAUUGAAGACAAGAUUAAGGAAGAACAAAGCUUGCUAUCUACCUAUGCACUCCCAUCUUGUUAUCCAACAAAAGAUCUGGCUAAUACUUAUGACAUAAAACCAUUUCCAAAAAUCACAGAUACUGAAAAGACAGAAGAUUUGUACUGGAGACAGCUGUCAUUAAAACCCCAACCUAUACCUUACUGCAACCCAGACCAUUACAUUCCCUAUGAACAUUUAAAUCAGUAUAAUAUGUGCCAAAACCCCAUUAGCCUUAGUAAGCCUAGCAUUUUACAAAAUAAACCAGACUCAGGAGCUUCCGAUUUAGAACAUUUUUUAAGUAAGCCAGAACGGUUGACCUUGAAUAUGGAAAACGGUGAAGAAACAAGACCUAUUCUGUGUUGGAUUCCUAGAGCUGGAGUGGCCAAGCCUCAGACCGACCUGCUGGAGCUUAAGAACACUUUGUCAAAAACUGGUGCACAAAAAUGUUUCCAUAAAUCAAUUCUAGAAGACUAUAAAGACCUCAGGGAUAAAGAGCAUUCAGGGAAGAAACACCAAUUCUAUGGCCAUAAUUCCUAUUAUUUCUAUAAUUGA